UAGAGGAGGAACAGUAUUUGUAACUCUCCCUAGUCAUCCUCGGCCUCCAACGUCCGGAAGAUAAUCCAGACAGAGGCAACUUCUCGAGGAAUGUAAACAAUAACAUCGCCGUCUGUAUUGGUACCAACUAACUACCCAUGGAGGAAUUUGGCCUGCUGUAUUACAUCUUGGUGGUGCCCCUUUCACUCCCAGUAGUACUCCUUUUUCUCUACAUCCGAUGGCUUGGUUGGGAACUCUUCACAAACAACUAAGUUGAAAGGAAGCAGAUGUUUUAAUGAAGUGCAAUUUGUGGAUUAACAGAAGCCUUAGUCAAGAAACAUGUAAACAUAGAAGGCGCAACAUUCAAAAUGUAAUAAUGUUCAGAUCGUGGUCUGUAACAUGGAAUCAUCAGGGCAGCCAUCAAGUGUACCAAGUGUUUACCAGGUGCACAGAAGUAUUCCACAUGGGGACAUAGUGCUGAAGAACAAGUGCCCCUCCGGUGAGCCGCUUAUAGACUGUAAAAUGAUUGGUGAAGGGGGUAAAGGGAAAACUAGAAAAGUUACUGUAGAAAAUGCUUCAUCAUCCCAGACCGUUGAAUUAGAUUCUGACAUACCCUUAGAUGGUUUACUUCCCACAGUUGGGAACAGGAGUGAGCCAGGCUCAAUUGUGAUUGGGGAACCAGUUCAGGGAUGUGUCAUGGUUGACUUGCCUGAUAGUGUGGUUAAAGAUGGUACAUCAGUCCAAGUUCAGUCAGUUCCCUAUUUGAUUGAUCAACAAGUUUUAGUGCAGGUCAGUGGUGAAGAACCAAGAAUUGAAGUACAGGCACCGAGAACAUCUGAUUUAGUCUCGGUUUACGUCAAAUCAGGCCAGGGCUCCAGCAGUGCUGUUGCUGACAUCAGAAACUCUUUAGAAGUUGCAAGUAACAGAUGCCUCCCAGUUGAACAGCCAAACAGUAGUGAUUCCAAUCAUGUGAAACCAGGCCUUAUAGAAUCCAGGUUUGUGUUUCAAGAUUUGUCAAGAGAUGAAUUCCCCACGAUCAGCCUUUCCGAGGGUUCUCAGAAGGAAAACUUUGACAUCAAGUUGGAAAAUGAAGACGACAGCUCACAGGUGCCUAGGAGGAAAUCUGCCAGGAGGGCAAGAUUGAAAUGGAAGAGCUUAGAGGAAGAAGACAACGUCAUCAGGAGGAUCAACUUCCUCAAGAAGAGAAAACAUUACCCCCUUUCUCCGUCAGAUAAAGGGAAAGUUUUUAACAACUUGAAGCCAGAGUUACCUUUGGUAGAAGUACCUGUAUGGGGCCAAUACUUAACCUCAGUCAGAGUAAUAGAUGGAAAGUGGAUCUAUGGCAUUGCCUCUUCCAAAGCCAUCUUGCAUCAAGCCUUAGAAGGACAUUCCAGAAGUAUUCUUUGUGAUUAUAUUAAGAGCCAUCCAUGCAACUUUGAGAAACGACGUAAUGCGCGGUCUCAGGAGUGUCGUAUCAUGUGGCAACACAAGAGAGUCAUGUUUGAUGGCGUUCCUUUUAUCAUUGCCUCCUCUGAGGACCUGAAGUGUACCUUCGGGAUGAAUUAUAAAUUUAAGAAGAAAAAAAGUGAUGAGAUUGUGGACAUCUCGGUUCCUGAUGAGUUUAUAAAUGAAGGAGACAGAGGGAAAUCUGAAGAGAAUAGUAACAGGGUUGAGGAAAAGAAGACCAAAGUAUCAAGAACGCCCAAGAAAGCAUACAAAGACGUCAUGUUCACGUCAUGCCCUGCUAAAAUAACUGUGAAGGUCAUUGUCAAGUAUCCGGGCUAUGCUGUGCAUCCACUUUCAUUCCCUGCAGAGCGAAAGGUCAGGUUGAAGGCACUACGUACCGCACUGUCAAAAAAAUCAGACGUGGAGAAAGAAGAAUUAUAUUACGUCACCUUGCCUCUAGGGUCUGCCCACAAUCACGAGUUCACAGGAAGAUCACGUAACAUUCACCCAUCCAUAAUCGCCAAAGUGAAGGAACUGGUGCACAGUGGAAUAACAGCACCUAAGGUCAUCAAGAAACUUCUGGACAGCCACGUUCAAAUCGAGCAUGGACAUGACGUGGUUACUCCACAUCCUGAUGAUAGGGCAUAUUAUCCUAAGGUUAAGGAUAUAGGUAAUCUUGUUUACAAUUAUUGCAAGAAGAUGGGAAUCUCCAGUAAGAGGAAAAGUGUAGGGGCACCAGCAGAAGUGUUGCCAGGAAAGAAAAGGCAUCACAAAAGUCUGCAGUCUGAGGAGAACGACGAAGAGUGUUGUAACAGUGCAAUCACAGAUAACUUGCCUCUCCAAGCAUCUACACUCCAAGAGGCUGUGCAAACAUUUUGCACAGAUGAGCCAGACAGAGGUAAUGUAAGUGUUGGUGGGGAACAAGAAUGUAACCCUGUUACUGCAGUGAUGCCAAACACAUCAAGUGAAGUCGCAAGUUUAGCCGAGAUGGUUCGAGGACAACUGGACUCUUUGCGUAAUAUUACGUAUUCAUUGACUGAGGCUAGUAGCUUGCAAGAGUUAUACCAGUCUCUCCAAGGAAUUCUCACCCAUUAUACUACUGUAAAUCAACAAAUAUUACAAGGUAGUCUAGGUAAUGGUACAGCCCCGACUGCUGCAUUCAUCAUACACGAGUCUGUUAUAGAUCCACUGGCUGUAGGGGAAGAUUCGUUGCAAGUUGGUGUCUCCGAGGCCAUCCCCACUUCUUUGACAGUUCCUGUUAGGGACACAAAUAGCAUUGUUACCACAGCCAAGUUCCGUAAUGCACAAAUUGUUGAGAAUGCUCAUUUGCGACAGUUCAAGCCUCCCGUUGCUCUUCAGUGUCUGGCGACAAAUGUGGUCCCAACUCUGACUAUGUCCCACUUACCUCGUUCUUCCAAUCCAGUUUCGGAGCAAGGUCCAGCACACAUAGUCACGUCUCUCCCCUCAAACAGCACCGCCAGCCCUGCAGCUGUGUCUAUAACCCAACCCACGUACCAAGCAGUUGCACCUGUGUCUCAAGAUGCAUCUGCUGUCCCAGUGCAGUUGUCUCUCCCACCUUACUUUUAUUAUGUCCAGGAGGUGACUGUUCCUGAAAGUAGCACAGCAACGCCUUCCCUUAAUGCUCGUUGAUGACAAGAGGUUUAUUUUUUUAAAUAAUUUAUGUGAGUCAUUUGAGAAAUAAACUUUAUACUUUGUU